CCCGGCACGAGAAAAGUGGGGUUCGUGGUUCGUCGUCGUCGCACGGGUGAUAGGACUGAGAGCGCGGAUCCGUGGUUGGGCUUAGGUCGAUGAAAUUGCGCGAGAACCGCAUUUCCAUUUGAACAAUUGGUACAAUACUCUCGGUGGAAACAUGUGGCUGGAGGAGUGCGACAGCUUCGCCGAGCUGUGCCGGGGAUAUCUGCCAUAUUAUCUGCUAAUAGUUCUGCCGAUCUUCAUCAUCAUCUCCCCGGUGAACCCGGUGGCCGCCUCCCACGAGUUUCCCGUGUACCGUAUGCACCAGUACGACCUGCACGGGGUUCCGCACGGUUGCCGAAGCGCGCCCAUUUCUCUGGAGGCGAGGUCCCUGACAGGAUGGAGUACCUCCAGGCACUGCGUCGUCACGAGAGCACUGGAUAUGACGCCGUCUGUCUUCCAGUCUAUUAGAAGUAAGGCUGGCGCAUUGGUGAUUGUUCUACCUAAGAAGAUGAGUGAACUUACGGCCGAGGAAAAGCAACACAUUUUGAAUCUAGAAGAAUCUAUGAUGUACAGUUCUGAGACAAUGAUACCGGUGUACUUUGCACUGUGGCAUCCCGAACUUCAAAUGAUUCUAGAUGAUAUUGCGGGUGGUUUUGUUACGGAUGAGAAGGCUGGUUCAGCAGCUGAAGCCAUAUACAAUUCAAUUUCAGCUAGCGGUUAUCAAGUGGUAGUAACCACUGGACAGGCACUUCCUAAAGCAGAUGUUAAAGUUGCCACGUUGCACGGCAAAUUAACUGGAACUGGUACCGAAGAGAAAUUACCUACCAUAGCAAUAGUGACACAUUACGAUAGUACUGGUGUGGCACCUGAAUUGUCAUUUGGUGCGGACAGUAAUGCUUCCGGUAUAGCUAUGCUACUAGAAAUAGCGAGAUUAUUCUCUGCUUUAUAUUCCACUGGUCGGACAAGGCCGCAAUAUAAUCUUGUUUUUAUCGCAACUGGAGCUGGUAAAUUAAAUUACCAAGGUAGUAAGAAAUGGUUGGAGGAUCAAUUAGACGGGGUUGAAGGAUCUGUUAUACAGGAUGCAGCUUAUGUAAUAUGCCUUGAUACAGUUUCCGCUAGCAAUAAUUUAUAUGUACACGUGUCCAAGCCACCUAAAGAAAAUUCUUCGGGUGGUUUGUUUUACAAGGAGCUUAAAACUGUUUCACAAUCAUUCAACACUAUCACUGUUGAUGGCGUGCAUAAAAAGAUAAAUCUUGCAGAAGAGACAUUAGCUUGGGAACAUGAAAGAUAUAGCAUUCGGAGAUUGCCAGCUGCUACUUUAUCUACAUUAAAAAGUCACGAAGAUUCAACUAGGGCUACUAUAUUAGACGUCUUUAAAGAAGGACAAGUAGACAAAUUAUACAAGCAUACCCAAAUUAUAUCGGAAGCAUUGGCGCGUCACAUCUAUAACUUAAGUUCUAGUCAAAUCUUCACGGGUCCAUUGGAUGUAUCAAAAGAAUCGCUCUCCUUAUGGUUUAAUUACUUUGCUUCUCAACCAAGAGCAGCGUCAUUACUAGUGGAUAAAAAUAAUUUAUUAGUUAGUACUUUGAAAGAAGCAAUGGCGAGAUAUUUGGGAGAUGUGAAAGUUACUCUUCACACUCCCGAUAAACAAGAUCCAGAAUUUAUGUUCUAUGAUGUUACAAAAGCAACUCUGAAUGUAUAUAGUGUAAAGCCGGCUGUGUUUGAUCUCUUUCUUACUAUCGGCAUAAUUUUGUACUUGGGAAUAACGUACAUGAUUGUACAUCAUUUUCCACAUGCUUAUGCUUUGGCAACGAGACUUUCUGCGAAGAGCAAGACGACGUGAAUCUUAUUUCGUAUUUACAAACAAAGAAACCUGAGCUUUUUUUUUUAACAUCAAUUUCCAAUAAUGUUGAAUAAUCGACCUAUAUAAGAAAGUUGACUAGUUCUUAGAUGAUACAUUUCUUCUAAAGUACUCCAAAACUAUAUAUACUGAUGCAUAUUUAGGUAUUUGCUAAAAGCAAGUUAAAUUCAAGUAUAUAUUUGUUUGUUUGUAUGUGUGUAUAUAUUUAUUUCAUGAAGUUUUUAAUUAUAAAAUAACUACAGAGAAUACGUAUUUAUAAUGCUCAAUAGUAUGCAUGUCGACAUCCUUUAUUAACCUCUUCCAACAAUAACGAGACUUAAAACACUGAGGAAAAACAAUUCUUUGUAAUUAGGCGUUCUCUAGUUAUAAUCUAUGUGAGAAAUAAUAAUAAAGACCAAAUUAUAAUUGA